AUGACGAAAACACAAUCUGGUUUGCCAAACUGCUUAAAUGGCUAUUAUAAAAUGCUAUCGAAACUUGCUUUUGAGUUGGUAUAUAGAGAAUUUAAAAAAGCAAAAUUUAUAGAAGAGCAAGUGUUGCAUCUACCCUGCAACUGUUCAUUUGUAAUCCAAUAUAGACUGCCGUGUCGUCACUAUUUAGCUACAUUGAAGAGUAACAAAGAAAAUCUAUAUUUGGAGAAGUUGCCAGAAAGAAAAUUUUUAAACGCGUUGGCCUGGUUGAAGGAUGUCGAGGCUAAGGUAAAAGAUGGGUCAUGGGAAAAAGUCCUUUUUUUCAAGACACCCCUUCAGUUGUUGAGAUUGAGGCUGUUGAAGCUGACGUAUCAAGCAGCAGUGAACAGGAGGAUGUUGCAGAUCAUGUGGCCAGUGGCAGUCAACCAAAUCAUAGAAGAUGAUAUUGCUGAUAACUUACAGACGGAUUGCAUAGCAUCAAUUAACGACGUUAAAGAAAUAAUUGAUCCAAGAUGCACAGAUGACCGUGCUAAUAUGUCCACCUUGAAACAAUAUUUUUCCAAUGAAGCUUGGACAAAAUUAGAAAAUAAGAUGUGGUCAAUUGGACAAAAUUUGUACGUUUGUGUUGUUUAUGGACCUUACUCUGGAAGAGACAACCAAACUCGUACUUCGUGGGUGCAGUGUGAUGGCUGCAUAUACUGGUAUCACUGUUCAUGUGUUGAAAUGAAAAAGCUACCGAAAGGGACGUGGUUUUGUCGACAGUGUUGA